AGUGAGACAGACAGAGCAGCAAACAGAACACACGCAGAGGAAGACUCCCUCAAAACACACACACAUACACAAAGUUAGACUGAGAGGCAGGGAGCAAAUCUGAAGCCAAGAGGAUACACUUGCUACACAUCUCUCUCACACUCAAUCAGGCUGCAGCAGAAUGUUUCUCAGGAGGCUCCCCGAGGCCGUGUGUCUGCUGUCGGUGUGUGUGUGCGCGGCUCUUGCCUAUGAGGAUGUGCACGAGAUCACUUACAGCAACAACUAUGAGAAUGAAAUCACGCAGGAGGAGGAAACGCAAACUACACAGAGUUCAGGCCCCUGCCAGUCUUCAGACCUGACAAAAUGGGACAAAGUCUUCUCCAUGCUGGAGAACAGUCAGAUGAGGGAGAACAUGUUGCUUCAGUACACCAGUGAUAUUGUCAAAGUGGAGAUGGGGUCACUGCGCGACGAAAUGCUCAGGUUUGUAGCCCAGUAUGGUGGAUCCUGUGGGACAGCAGUGGAGACAGCAGGAAGACAGAUGGGCAUGCAGAUAGAGGCUCGUCUUCAAGAAACUCUGGAGCAGCUCAAACUUGAUGAUCUGACCUCUGUUGCUGGUAAAUCUAUUGGGAAUCCCCACCACCUGGAGGCCAUGCUGCAGCAGCUUCUCACAGCGGCACAUACACAAGCGUCCAAACUCUCUAAGAUGGAGAGUAACUGCCUCAGCAGCUCUGGAGCCGGGACGGGGACGCACUCCAAGACUGGAUUUCGGCUCAAAGGGGAUGAAGGGACUGGCCACAGUGAACAGGAGGUGACAUCAGGGGAGGCAGUUUUAGAUAGGGUCCUUGCUGCACUGCAGGUGGUUAGAGAUGAACUAAAAGAAUUGAAGUCAAGGCAAAGAUCCCUACCUGCAGGGUGUGACAUGGCGCUGCUCUUCCCUAUGCGCUCCCGCCGCAUCUACACCGCUGUCCUUCCAGUUGCCUCUCUGUCCCUGUCCUCCUUCACUGUCUGCAUGUGGGUCAAGCCGAACAUUGUCUCCAACAAAACUGUGCUCCUCUCCUACGGAAACCGCAAGAACCCAUAUGAGAUCCAGCUUCUGCUUGCCCAAACCUCUGCCCUUUUUACCGUCGGAGGAGAAGCUCACCUGGUGGAAGCCGGGGGUGUGGUGAAGCCGGGGCAGUGGAUCCACCUGUGUGGAGCUUGGUCUUCUGAGCAGGGCCUGGCGACUCUGUGGGCAGAUGGUAAUGAGGUAGCAUCCUCACCCGGCGUGGCUGAAGGACACGUCUUACCUGCUGGAGGCUCGCUCCAGCUGGGGCAGGAAAAAAACGACUGCUACAUAAGCAGCGCAACGGGCUUCGAGGUGUCGUUUGAUCCAGAGAUGGCGUUUGCAGGGAUGAUGACCUCGGUGAACAUAUGGGACAGAGUGCUGAUGAAGAAUGAAAUUUCCCAGAUGGCUUUGCAGCAAGGCCAGGGCUGUCAGCAGAGGGGGACCACAGUGGCGUGGGGUGUGACGGAGAUGGUGCCACACGGAGGGGCUCAGUUUGUCUACUAAUUCAUCCUGUUUGUGAUUGUAUUC